AUGUCGAGAAUAACGUUAGAACCUCAAAAAAAUUAUUUAGGUUUAAACGGAGUUUUGGAACUCUUUAACAAACUCAACAGCAUUAAAUAUGCUGCUUAUCGUACUUCUUCAAAAUUAAGAGUUAUACAAAAAAUUUUGUUUAUGGAUCAAGUUUCUUUAAAUUUAAUUAUGGGCGUUUUUGAAAAACAUCAGUAUACAAAAUCUGAGAAUUUCUCUUGCAUUCAACAAGAUGAUGCAAAAUUAAUAAUAUCAGAUAUCUACUAUGCAGUUCAAAAAAUAAAAAAUGAAGAAAUAAAUGUCAAUUCAUUUUGUAAUUUAUUAACUUCACUAGUUUUGCAUAUUUAUGAUGGGGAAGGAAAGAAUUCUGUUUCCGUCUUGUCAUUAAAAAUUUUUCUCACAGUUCUUUGUGGAAGUAGGCCUAAAAUGAAAUAUUUAUAUUGUUUUCAACAACUGGCAGAUGAAAAUAAUUGUUUGUCAAAAAAAAAACUUGAAGUACUUUUAAAGAGUAUAAUAAAGGUUUUAGAAUAUAUCGGUGAACAAUGUUCCUUUGGAUCAGAUUUAAUUGAAGGAACGAUUGAGAGUUGUUUUCAAAACUGCCAUAAAGUUAAUGAUAUUACCGAAUAUGAUUUUAUCUCAUGGUUAAUUAAAGAUCCUCAAUUAUUGGUGUGGUUGUCUACAUUAUACAGAAUUCAAAUUUCUGAAUCUGCAUCACACCAAAUUCAGUGUAAAAUUUGCAAAGUUUUUCCAAUUAUUGGGCUAAGGUACUGCUGCCUAAAAUGCUUUUCGUAUAAUUUGUGUCAAAGUUGCUUUUUUAAAGGAAAAUUUAAUAAAAAUCACAAAUCUGAUCAUCCUAUUCAAGAAUUCUGUUAUCCGAUGACAACAAAACAAUUUACCAAAACACUUUUAUUAACAUUAAAAAAUACAUUUUGUAAAAACAAUUUAAAACUUCAAUAUUUACCUGCUGUUAAAUUAAAAUCAGUAGAAAAUCAACAAAAGCCAAAUGAUUCAUCAGAAUCUUUUAAUAAGGGUUCAACAAUUGAUUCCAAAGUUUUAGCAGAUGAUAGUCAGCUAUCGAGUUCAAAAUUAAAAUUAGGGAUAUUAAGUCCGAUUAAGGAUUCUUCUCAUUCUUCCCUUUUAAACUCCGAUAAAAAAAGUAGGGAAAAAAGUGAAAAAAAUCUUUCUUGGGAUAAUUACGACAUCGUAAAUUAUUUUAAUUAUUCAAUUUAUCGACAAGAAAGCCGAGACGUAUCGUCGGAUGAUUGUUUCGAACAAAAUUUGAUGAAUUUAAAUAAAAAAGAAACAAAUGAAAAAAUUUAUUUGGAUUCUUGGAUUAACGGGGAGACUUCCUGGAAUUCCGAUGACGGUCACUCACGAAACGGUUUUACUUGGCUUAGACAAGAUAAUGACAAAUCUGAAAACGGUGCGCCUUUACUAAAGUUUUCUAAUACCAGAUAA